AUGGCGUUGUUACGUUAUUCUCUAUCUUUAUCUCGGCUGACAUUACCAUCGAUUGUUUCGAGUCGAGGAGCUGCAACAGCUCCAGCUACUGCUUCAUCGCCCGUUGUUGGACAGGCGACAGAUUCACCGAUUCAAAAGGUACAAGAAAAAGAUGCAUUAACAAAUGUAUCACCAUAUAAAAAUGCACCAAGUAAAUUCUAUGGUGAAAGUAACGUUGAAGUAGCAUUAGCUCGUUUGGAUGAUGUACAAAAUUUAAUACGACGUGGUUCUAUUUGGCCACUUACAUUUGGUCUUGCCUGUUGUGCUGUUGAAAUGAUGCAAAUGGCUGCUCCACGUUAUGAUAUGGAUCGAUUUGGUGUUGUCUUUCGUGCUAGUCCUCGCCAAUGUGAUCUAAUGAUUGUUGCAGGUACACUUACCAAUAAAAUGGCUCCAGCUAUUCGACGACUUUAUGAGCAAAUGCCUCAUCCUAAAUGGGUUAUUUCAAUGGGCUCAUGUGCUAACGGUGGUGGCUAUUAUCAUUAUUCAUAUGCAGUAGUACGUGGAUGUGACCGUAUUAUUCCAGUUGAUAUUUAUGUUCCUGGUUGUCCACCAAGUGCCGAAGCAUUACUCUAUGGUGUUUUACAAUUACAAAGAAAAAUCAAACGCUAUGAUACAUUACAAAAAUGGUAUCGAAAAUAA